AUGGUGCACGCUAUCCUUCCGAGCCUUGCUGCGCGCUACCUCUCAUACCACAUUCCCUCCAUACCCAUGUCUCUCCGCACCCACCCGUCUUCCCGGCCCCCCCACCCGCCGCCCCACAAUCGCCUCUCCGCUGCAUCUCACCGUCUGCUCCCCGCGCGCGCCAUCUCGCAGGUGACGGACACGCCCAUUCUGAACCCGUCGGGGCAGCUGGUGGGGGUGAUCGGCGUGUCGGCGGACAUCAGCGACAUCAAGCGCAAGGAGGGCGAGAUCCGCGCGCUCAACGCAGCGCUGGAGGAGCGCAUUGUGGAGCGCACGGAGCAGCUGCAGCACAACAGCGAUGCAUCAAGGUCACGAGACUUGGAGCAAUCGAGCAGCCGAACAUCACAGCAGUCGCUGGUGCUGGAGCGGAUCGUGGCGGAGCUGCGCGAGUCGCGCACGGAGGCGGAGUCUGCCAACCGCCUCAAGUCGCGGUUCCUGGCGUCCAUGAGCUACGGGAAUCGUACCCCCAUGAACGGCGUGCUCGGCAUGACGCUGCUGCUGCUGUUGACGCCGCUGUUGGAGGAGCAGCACGGCUUCGUGGAGACAAUCCACAGCAGCCGACACGCGCUGCUGGCCAUCCUAAACGACAUUCAGGAUCUGAGCAAGAUCGAGGCGGUCGAGCUGGAGAUGGGCACUGCGACUUCGGCGUCACCGCGUGCGUCGAGGACAGCGUCAUCCUGCUCGCGGUCGGUGCUCGCGCGCUCAGGAUUUCUCAACGCUCCUAUUGAGGCCUUAUCAACCCUGACUCGCAAUCCUCGCUAG